AUGUCGCAAGGCAAUGUGGCCGGGCACGAAGGUGCCGAAGGUAACACAAAGCUUGCGUGUCGCAGAGCGAUGCGGCUAGGCACGGGGGGUGCCGAAGGCAACACAAAGCUCGCAUGUCGCAAGGCAAUGUGGCCAGGCACGAAGGCACGGGGGUGCCGAAGGCAACACAAAGCUCGCGUGUCGCAAGGCAAUGUGGCUGGGCACGAAGGUGCCGAAAGCAACACAAAGCUUGCGUGUCGCAGAGCGAUGCGGCUAGGCACGGGGGGUGCCGAAGGCAACACAAAGCUUGCAUGUUGCAAGGCAAUGUGGCCGGGCACGAAGGCACGGGGGUGCCGAAGGCAACACAAAGCUCGCGUGUCGCAAGGCAAUGUGACUGGGCACGAAGGUGCCGAAGGCAACACAAAGCUUGCCUGUCGCAGAGCGAUGCGGCUAGGCACGGGGGUGCCGAAGGCAACACAAAGCUUGCAUGUCGCAAGGCAAUGUGGCCGGGCACAAAGGUGUUGGAGGCAACACAAAGCUUGCGUGUCGCAAGGCAAUGUGACUGGGCAUGAGCAGCAGCGCCGGUUGAUGGCUGAGUGCCUAAGGCAUCGCUCGCGCCAGUUGAUGGCUGGGUGCUAA